AAGAAACACAAGACCUGGGAACUUGUUAAGAUCAGCAUCGAUGGCAAAGACACGUACCGUUGGUGUAGCUGUGGACUUCUCUCCGACCAGCAAAUCAGCCCUCAAAUGGGCUCUCCAUAAUCUCACCGACAAAGGGGAUCGCCUCAUCCUCAUCAACGUUCAGCCUUCCCACUCUGAUCACACUAGGAAAGACCUUUUCCACGACACUGGUUCACCUUUGGUGCCUUUGGAGGAACUGAGAGAGACCAACUUGGUGAAGCAAUAUGGGAUUCCUAGGGACCCGGAAGUGAUGGCUAUCCUUGACACUGGCUCAAAAACCAGAGGGGCAAAGGUAGAGGCAAAGGUAUAUUGGGGGGAUCCAAAAGAGAAGCUGUGCAAAGCUGUUAAUCAGCUACAACUUGACUCUUUGGUCGUUGGAAGUAGGGGUUUUGGUCCCAUCAAAAGGGUGUUGCUAGGGAGUGUAAGCAAUCAUGUGGUGAGAAAUGCUUCUUGCCCCGUUACAGUCAUCAAGGGAAGCCCAUCUGCCAAGUGUAGCCGUUGAAACUUCUAUUUAGAAUAUCAUUCUAAUUUUUGCCACUCUCGUUGUGACUAAUAGUGUUUGUUAAAUAAUGUUUCCUUUCUUUAUAUAUAUGUAUGUAUAAAUGGUGUGAGUCUUAGCGUGUAAAUAUUUCUUAUUUAUAUAUUUAUAAUGCCAGAUUGUCGCUGUUUUUACAUGUUA